GAGGAGUCUUCUCCCUAUACUGUUGGUUGCUCUAAGCGCAACCGAACCUUCCGGAUUGGUCGACGUACUCGCCCUUUCUGUUCAAGGCGCGCCUCCUACCUCCCUCGGCUUUGGUCCUCAGAUAGACCAUGGCCCUCAGAGCGAGUGGCUUGAUCAUUUUCCGAAGACGCCUCAUUCCCAAGGUGGACAACCCUGUGAUUGAGUUUCUACUGCUGCAGGCUUCAGAUGGCAUUCAUCACUGGACUCCUCCCAAAGGCCAUGUGGAAUCAGGAGAAAAUGACUUAGAAGCAGCCUUGCGGGAGACUCAAGAGGAAGCAGGCAUAGAAGCAGGCCAGCUGACCAUCAUUGAGGGGUUCAGAAGGGAGCUCAAUUAUGUGGCCAGGAAGAAGCCUAAAACAGUCAUCUACUGGCUGGCGGAGGUGAAGGACUGCGAUGUGGAGAUCCGCCUCUCCCAUGAGCACCAAGCCUACCGCUGGCUGGGGCUGGACGCGGCCUGCCAGUUGGCUCAGUUCAAGGAGAUGAAGGCAGCGCUCCAAGAAGGACACCAGUUUCUCUGCUCCACAGCCUCCUGAGCUGACCAGAGCACAGUCAUUUACCUCAGUAGGAUCCUUGAGGGCCUUCGGAGAUGAACCGUUGUCAACUCCGGGGAAGGUUGUGUUGGUCUUUGGCUCAUCAGAGCAAAGAGCAGAUAGGUUAGUAAAAUCAGCUGAGGACUCUCAGAGGAACGCAAACAAAAAUUUGAGCUGGGUGGAAAGGAAGGCGAACAAGGAAUUAAAAAGAAAAAAAUCUACGUGCAGUAAGUGCAUCCUUGUAAUUUACAAAUAAACUUCAGGGAGCUUAUCUGUCCAUCUAA